GGAGGGGCUAAGUUUAGGUGUGCUCGUAAAACGAGUGCCUGAUCAUGGGUGACAGCCAAACGCUCGUGAUGCGACUCUCUCCACCGGCUCCAUUGCCCUUGUCUCUGGAUCCAUGGCGGGGAAAGGAGUAUAUUUGGAUACGAGAGGUAGGUGUUGCGGCCGUAUAACUAUCUUGGCUGCGCUCUGAGUUGCUUGUUCUUGUUUUCACUCAUCAACCCGACUGUCCUUUGCAACACACCCCUCCUCUUCUCUCUCCACGACUCACCACAUCUCUCCAUCACAAUGCAUGUCCGCUCGCCCAAGACCUCGUUCGCCUCUGAGCGCAGUGUCGAGAGUGUCGAGAAGGCACCCCGAUCAUUCAGGCCACUCCACCGACACACAUCCAAACCAUCCUCAUCGACCACAGGAUGGGCAGACACUCCCUUUCGCCUCAUACCCACCCCUAGAAAGUCCAUGUCCGAAAGCGGCGCCGUAUUCGUCGCAUCUGAAAUGGCCUCCAUCCACAACAUGAUCCUGCGCGGCCUGAACUCGAUCGUGCAACAAGGCCCUCACGUUCCGGACGCGAGACAACCCGGCUACCACGCGCAAGACGUCUCCGACUUUUUGGUCUAUGUCACGGCCUGGUGCGACACCCUGGAACACCACCACAACGUCGAGCACUCCACGCUCUUCCCGCACAUCGAGCAGAUGGCCGAAGUCCCCGACCUGAUGGACGAAAUGGAAGAACAGCACGAAGAGUUCUCGCUCGGCCUGUACUACCUCAAAGAAUACGCCGAGACAGCCGUCGACAGACCCUACCUCUACCGCUGGCGGACGAUGAACAAGAUGAUCAUGGACUUCGCCCCGGCGCUCACCCACCAUCUGCACGACGAAAUCGACUUUCUCCUCAGCAUGAACAAGUUCGACUGCGAGGGGCUGCGGCGCUGCUGGCUCGAAGCGCAGAAGGUCGCGGUGCAGUUUGAAGACGACAAAGUCAAGUACAAGGUGCUGCCGUUUGUGCUCGGCAACAGCGAUCGGUCAUACGAGAAUGGCAACAACUUUCCGCAUUUGUCGACGUCGACGCGCUGCGCCGUCAAGCUGUACUUCUCUGGCAAGCAUCGCGGGGCGUGGAGGUUUAAUUCUUGCGACUUUCACGGGAGGCCGGUGCCGUUGGCUAUGCUGCCGGAGAAUCGCGAGGAUUGAGGAGGCAUUGGAUUUUGUCUGUAGUUUAGCGAUGGCGUUGGGGGAAAGAUACCAUGUGUCCUGCUUGCCGUGUGUGGCCGCAGGAGUAUCUAGUGAACAGAAGCAAUUCUUCAAACCGAGUAACAUCGCGAAACUUCAGGGACACCUGCAAGUGUUGUAGAACUGUCUCGUAUCUUGGACA